AUGAAUAUUCUAAUUCCAAUGGGUGGUAUUGGUCAUCGUUUUAGCAAAGAAAAUUAUCGUUUUCCUAAACCAUUAAUAAAUAUUGUUGGUCGACCAAUGUUAUUUUGGUUAUUAGAUAAUUUAGAUACGAAAGAAGAUGAUAUUAUUUAUCUUGGAUUAUUAGAAAGUUUAGAAAAACAAUUUAAUCUUGUUCAAACAAUCAAAAUGGAAUAUCCAAAUCGAAAAUUUGAAUCGGUUGUAAUAGAUUUUGAAACACGAGGAGCUGUCGAAACAUUAUUUAUAAUGUUACAAUUUUUAAAUCCAGAUCGUUUAGAUUGUAAAACAAUUUCUCUUGAUUGUGAUACAAUUUAUUUUCAACCUAUCCUUGAAAAAUUUCGUCGUCUACCAAUCGAAAUCAAUGCUUCAUUUUUCUUCGAAGAUAAUGGAGGAAAACCAGUUUUUUCAUAUUUAAAAUUAGAUGAAAAUCUUACGGAUGAAGGAUAUCAUUCAGUAACAGAUGUACGAGAAAAAAUCAUGAUUUCAACUCAUGCAAAUACAGGAGCUUAUGCAUUUCGUUCAGCAAGAAUUUUAAAACAAUAUUGUAUUCAAUUAUUAGAUGAAGCUGUUGGAUCUUCAGGAGAAUAUUAUACAACCAAUAUUAUUAAAUUAAUGUUAGAAGAUCAAGAACGUUUUGUUGGAAUUGAAGUUAAUAUUAAUGAUUUUGUUUGUGUUGGAAUACCUGUUCAAUUAAUUGAUUUUUUAAAAAAGCUCAAAACGGAUCAACAUUCUUAUCCGGUUAGAAAAAUGAGAUUUUGUUUUGAUUUGGAUAAUACAUUAGUUUCUUAUCCAACAAAAUAUGGAGAUUAUAGUACAGUUCAACCAAAAGCACAAAAUAUUCAAUUAGUACGAGAAUUACAUAAGGCUGGACAUUAUAUUAUUAUUCAAACAGCACGAAGAAUGAGAACACAUCAUGGUAAUGUUGGUGCUGUUAUUGCUGAUAUUGGACGAGUGACAUUAGAAACAUUGGCUCAAUUUGAAAUUCCAUAUGAUGAAAUCUUUUUUGGAAAACCAUAUGCUCAUAUCUAUAUUGAUGAUUCAGCUAUUAAUGCAUUAAUUGAUACAGCUAAAGAAAUUGGAUGGGUACUUGAUAAUACUGAGUCCGAUGGAGAAAAAGAUAAAAAAAUUAAACCUUUUAUUACUUCUCGAGAUUUACAUACGAUCGAACAAUUGGAUAAUCUUAUUAUUAAAACAUCGUCAAUCGAUGAUUUACGAGGAGAAAUUUAUUUCUAUGAAAAUAUUCCAUCAAAUAUUAAGGAUUUAUUUCCACGAUUAGAUCGUAUUGAAACAAAUAAAGAUGCGGGAGUUUCAUCACUUGUUAUUGAAAAAAUCAAUGGAAUAACUUAUUCACAUUUAUUAACAAAUUCUGUUUUAACUCAAGAUCGUUUACAAAAACUUUUAUUAUCUUUAAAACGUAUUCAUUUAUCAUUACCAAUCGAAUCUGUCGAAUCUCAAACAAAUAUUUAUUUGAAUUAUUCACCGAAGAUCUUAUCACGUUAUAAUCAAUAUAUUGAUAUUUAUUCAAAUUUAGAUAAACAUUUUCAAUCAUCAUUAAUUCAUUCGAAAGAACUUUGUGAUUAUUUAAUUAAAUAUUUCAAUGAUUAUGAAACAUCUAAACGUGGUAAAUAUAAUUCAAUAAUUCAUGGUGAUCCAGUUUUUAGCAAUGUUUUGUUAACACCACAAAGUGAUGUCAUUUUCUUGGAUAUGAGAGGUUCUCUAGGAACACAACUUACUUUAGAAGGUGAUUUAAAUUAUGAUUUAGCUAAAGUUUAUCAAUCAUUAACUGGAUAUGAUUUUGUUUUAUUAAAUAAAGUCGAUUAUUUCUCAACAGAUAUGGUGAAAAAGUACAUGUCUGAACUUAUUGAAACAUUUCAAACGUUCAUUUCAAAAGAAUAUACAAAUCUUACAAAUUUCGAUGAGUUAAAAAUGAUUACAGCACAAUUAUAUUUCACUUUAAUUCCAUUAUAUAGUGAUUUUCAAAAACAAAUUCAAUUUUAUAAAAUUGCAGUUCAACUUUAUAAUGAAAGUAUUUCACAACAAAUAGAUUCUAUUCAAUCAAAUGACAAACAUUUAUAG